AUGGGGAUUUUAUUUCUGGACUACUUACGAUCCAAACAAGGAGUUCUGAAGGUCGCUCAGCUCGUGAUUCUCCUGAUAGCGUUCGCUUGCGUUCGUUCCACGUGGUACAACAGCUUCUACACUUACGGUUUCUUGGAAGGAGUCACGCUCGGUUACUCCAUCACGGUCGCCCUUUUUCUAUUCCUGACUGUAUUUGGGAUUCCGAAAAGGGCAUUAUUUGUGAACCGGACGAUAGCCGAGUUUGUGCUCGAUACAUUGGGAUUCAUCUUCAUCUCCACCGGUUCCAUUGUAGCUGCUGUGAAGUCUUAUGACACCCCCAUUCUGGUUGCCGCCUCAGUGUGUGGUCUUCUGGUCUCAUAUCUCUCACUUGUUAGUGUGAUACUUUCAUUUGUUGCCACUCGCCGCACACAGCCUGCGGGGCUGCGACGAUAA